GCGGAGGCUCCGCGGCGGAGGCGCUGGCGCUCCGCGUCCCGCCAUGUAACGCUCCGCCGCUCCCCCUUCCCUCUCCCCCCGCCGCCUCCGCACCGCUGCCCUUCGCUGCUCUCCCGGCUCCUCCCGCGCGGGAUGGGGCUCCGGUGCCCGGCUCGCCGCGGGGUUGCCCGGCCAUGAAGGGCGGCGGGGGAGCCGCUCCCAGCACCUGCCCGCCGCGAGGGGACCGCAGCGCCCGGGGACCGGCGGGGCUCCUCCUGGCUUCCUGCUAUGGACAGUGCUAUCACCCUCUGGCAGUUCCUCCUCCAGCUCCUCCAAGAGCCUCAGAACAAGAACAUCAUCUCUUGGACCUCCAGCGACGGGGAGUUCAAGCUGCUGCAGGCUGAGGAGGUUGCCAGGCUCUGGGGGAUCCGUAAGAACAAACCCAGCAUGAACUAUGAUAAACUCAGCCGUGCACUCAGAUACUAUUAUGUGAAGAAUAUCAUUAAAAAAGUGAACGGUAAGAAGUUUGUGUACAAGUUUGUUUCUUACCCGGAGAUUUUAAAUAUGGAUCCACUUGUUGUGGGCCGGAUAGAAGGAGACCCUGACCUGGCUGGUUUUGCAGAAGUGAGCAGUGCUCCAAAGGAUGUGGAAAACUGUGGGAAGGAGAAGUCUCAAUCGUGUGCUAAAUCCUCCAGCCGCAAUGACUACAUCCACUCAGGACUCUACUCCUCCUUCACUCUCAACUCCCUGAACUCUUCCAGUGUGAAGCUCUUCAGGUCCAUCAAGAUUGAGAAUCCAGCUGAGAAGCUGACAGAGAAGAAACCUGCUCAGGAUCCAACCCCUUCUGUCAUCAAGUUUGUAACCAUGCCCUCCAAAAAGCCUUCCUCUGUCCCCAUGGUCUCCACCACUUCAGCAGUUUCUGCCCCUUCCACUGCCUCUGCCACUUCCACUGCUUCCUCUCUUCCCCUGGGAUCAGAAGAAACUCUCCAGACCUUGGAGACCCUCGUGCUGCCCAAGUUAACUGUCCCUGAAGCUCCAGCACCUUUGCCAAACUUAAACACCAGCUUCACCCCAACCCCACCUAUAUCAUCCUCAGUGUCUCCCACUCUGCAAGUUCCUUCCACCCCCCCAUCGCCACCCCUGAGCUCCAACCCUGAUCUGGACAUUGACACAGACAUAGAAUCCGUGGCUUCUCAGCAGCUGGAGCAGGCUCAGAGCCUUCAGCAUCAAUCCCCAGAGCCCAAAGAGCAGGAUUCCUCUGUGCUGGAGAAGGAAUUUGCCAAUCACCUCUCCAGAUCUAAAAAACCCAAAGGGCUGGAGUUGGCUCCUACGCUUGUCAUUACCGGCAGCGAUCCAAGUCCUCUGGGGAUUCUGAGUCCUUCUCUCCCAACUGCUUCUCUUACUCCAGCACUUUUCUCUCAGACUCCCAUUUUGCUGACCCCGAGCCCCUUGCUCUCCAGUAUUCACUUCUGGAGUACACUCAGCCCCGUGGCUCCUCUCAGUCCUGCCAGGUUGCAAGGUGCUAACACACUCUUUCAGUUUCCAUCAGUGCUGAACAGUCAUGGCCCAUUUACUCUGUCUGGACUGGAUGGACCCUCAACCCCAGGCCCAUUUUCCCCUGAUCUGCAGAAGACAUAGCACAUGAACUCAUGGAAAGGACACAGUGGCAAGCAAGGGAGAGAUGUGACACUUGACGUGUUUUUUAAACGAGCAAUUUGUAAUUCCGCAGAGAUUCUCAACAAUCAUAGUUUUUGCCAUUCCCAGAUAAAAUGCCUUUUUUUGCAAAAUUCCCUUUUUUUGAAGACCCAGGUUGGGAAUGUAUAUGCAAAAGCCUUAAUAGGAGCUGAGGCUCCAGUCUCUUCCCUCCCCUCCUUGGUCUGGGAGACUUCGCCGUGGCCGAGGGGAGCUGGGGUUGGGGUUGCAGUCGCUGAGUCUGCAGUCGAGGAGAAGCCUUUUCUCUGGGACUUUUGGAAAAAAUAAAACAAACCCCUCUGUUCUUCUGCUGCCUCUGCAGAAAUCAAAUCAAGGUGGCAUUCCAGGAGAUGCUUGGGACAGGGAUGUGUAUGUGUGCAUCAGCUUUGCCUCGGGGCCUUCUGCAGCAACAAAACCGCUCGAGUCUUUUCUGCUGUAAAAACAUCUUGUUGGCAGGGAGAAAUUUUCAAGGAAUACUCAGUGAUUGUUUUACUGAGAUAUGGACAAUUUUUCCAUGGCAUUGGACAGUCUCCAGCCCCUGGGAAAAGUGGUCUUGGAUGCUUCCCUGCUCCCCCUCUGGUGAGGAGGCACGGACUUGGAGAUGAACGGAUGGUGGGAUUGGUUCCUUUCAGUUCUCAGAACGUUUGAAUGCUGAAGUCCAAACAUUUCUUGUGCCAGAGACCUGUUACAAAGCCUGUAAUCUCACUGCUAGAAGAUGAGCAGGAUGGUGGAUUUCCCGUGAGGUUUGGAGGGUGUGUUUGUGGUGGGUGAGGUUGCUGCCUGAUGCUGGAGUUUCAGACCCAAACUGUGGGGCAGAACCCUGAGGCCUGAGCAUUAAAGUUCCUGCUCUUUCCCCACCAGUUGAAGUGGAGAAGCUCCUCUUCUACCAGCUCUUAUCUCACCUUUUCCUUUAGAUCUAUUGCUUUUUUUAUCAUUUGAGGAAGCACUCAGCCCCAAAAUGAGUUGGGCUGGGUGUGCAGAGCUAGCAGAGUGGGGAACCACCUCCUAGCAACCUUCUUGUAAAUUUGUGCUUGCAGUGCUGUUCUUGGUGGCUGUGUGUGUAUGGAUUGUUACAGGAUUGGUUUCCAGAGCCAUUUGAAACACUGAUGGAAUGGAAUUUGUAGUUAGAUUUAUUUUUUAAACCUCAGGAGGCCUUUCAAGCAUGAAAAAAAGAGAGACUCCCAGCCUCUCAGAGACAGGAUGCUCUGGCAGUGCUGGGCUCCCUUUGGGCAGCUGAUGUCAGGCAGCAACUUCGGUUUGCUGAAGUGUACAUUGAGUUGGUGAUGUAAGAUAUCCUUUAAAUGUCCACUAGAAAACAAUCUCUUUCCUUUGAUAUCCUCACUGACUGUCUUUAAGGUUUGAAGAAGCAGAGGAAGAUUUUGUACCUUUGCAGCAAGAGGAGCUGGCAGUGUACUCUGUAUAUAUUGCACCUGUCUUACAGAGCAGUGGGGAGCUCAGGCUUUCCAGACUUUUCCUUUUGCCACUUUUGCAAACCCUGAAAUCACUUUAAAGCAUAUGACAAUACCUAGGACCUCAUUUGCUGCAGUUAGGUUCUCUUUCUCUAUUCCAGCAGUGAAAUCUGUAAACCACUCAAUAUGUUCCUGACAUGACACCCCAGGCGGGUGGGCGGAGGGGAGUUGCUUUUUUUGGGAAUUUUUCAUCUAGAAAGUCCUCUACCCACUGGGAGGUGGGAGAAAAAGUUUGUGUUCUUCAGGUGGAGAGAGCAGGGAGCUCGUGUAGUGAACUGUCUUCCUGUUGGGUUAUGUCAGAGGCAUAAUUCUGCUUUGUGUUUUAGAUGCAGGAUAAAGUUCCUGUGCCAGCAGCUCUUAAACUGACAAUGUGCAAUAUUUGACUUUUUUUUUUUUUUUUUUAAACUGCAGAAAGCAAGCUGCAGAUGAUAAUUAAGAGCAGGCACCUGGAAUUUUUCUGGUUUGCAUGAUGGCUUAUGAGUCUGCUCUAGAAAAUAUAUAUAGCUAUAUAUAAAUAGCAGCACUUUUAAUGGUUAUUUUAGGUUGGCCAAUUAUAUGCCCACCAAGCGUGUGGACUUGAGAGCAGCAUUGCAGACUAGGAUUAGGAUUUAAAAAUAAUUAAUGAGCACUAAGAGACUUGCAAUUUAAUUGCUUCCCUUUCCUUGUCCCUUAUGGAGAAAAGCCAAGUGUAUUUGUUUGAAAGUUGUGUAUGUGCACACGUGCACUUAAUUUUUUUUUUUUUUUUUUUUUUUUGUAAACUGUAUCACUUUGAGUGAGCCAAACCCUCCUGCAGCUUGGCAGUUGUGCUUGGCCUGGUUUCAUGCCCUUCUCCAAGCAUCUUGGUGAGGAUGUUCUGCCCAGCUGGUGCAGGAAUCACCCCCUCAGAGGAAUUUGAUGUGGACACACAGCCCCUGGGUGUUGCUUUCAGCCUGGUAAUACCCAAAUUCCCGACAGGGAGUGCUGGGGAAGUGAUGCUUUUCCUUCUGGAGCACCUGCCCAGGGAAAGGAGAAUCCCAGAAAGGAUUAUUCAGUCUCAGGAGGCAGCUGGGCAAGUGAGGUGAGAGAGGGGAGGUGGGAGAGGAAGGGUUUGCUCACCUUUUCUCCAUGACAACUUUCAGGUCACUUAAGGUAAUAUUAUCUUGUAUAUAGUCUGCCUCAUUAAACACACAUUUAGUCCCAGGUAGGGAACUGCCAGCUGGCUGGGAUCACAUUCCCCACGGAGCACAGUGUCACUGUGACUGCUUGGAGCUGGCUCGUGUGGGUUGCUGGCACCUCCACUCCCUGCAGGAGCAGUUUGCAGCUCGUUGCAACUUGUUUUUAAUUUAGUGUAGGGAACGUGGGGGUUAAUAUAGGCUCUCCGUUAAUUAUCAUGUUAGCACUCUGUAAUAUGGGUAUAGUAGCGUGUUGGUUUUUAAAAAAAAACACAAAAAUUCAGCAUUACAGAGAUGUUUUAUUACAUGCCAAUUGGUGUUGCUGAAGUAGCCAUGGUAUUGUUGAAUACUUGGUAAUAUUUGCAUUGGUUCAUUCAUGGAUGGUGGUAGAAUUAGGCUGGAUGAGCAUGGGAGCUGAACAUCUGUCUUGCUUCUGGAAAUCUCUUUUCUGUGUCCCUGCUGCUGUAUAAUAGUACUGCAGAGUUGAAAAGCUUGCACUGCUGUUGCUGUGUGUGCUGUGUCUGGCUUUUUCUGAGAUCCGGAGCUGUCAGGAUGCCACUAGCAACACGUGCUGCUAGCAGAAGCAAUCCAUGGAAAGCAGAAACCUGCUAAUAAUACCCCGUGGUUUUAGAACCAUUCUUGUUCCGUCUUACCUGUUUUCAGAGAAUGUGAUCCUAGUAGUGACGGAGGAAAAAUGUUUUUUCUUUUCCUUAACAGCAGCUUAGGUCCUUGUUUCUGAAAUUGGUCUUCAGCAGUGAUGGCUGAAUGUAAAUCCUAUGCACUGUCUUUAGCACAUUCAGGUUGCAUUUUGCAGUAGGUCAGGAAGGGAGCAAAUUCCUUGAAUUUGAGAAGUCUUUUUUUUUUUUUUUUUUUAACUUAGAGCAUCCUAAGACUUCAGUAUCCAUGCAAUCUUUGCUAUAAUGGAGUGUGUAUUAGAAUAUGAAAGGCUUUGGCUGUUGAGUGGUUGGUUUGGGAUGAUUUCUCCCUCUGUUUUCAGACCUCAGUUACUUAGCAAACAGAUCCUUAUUGGGUUUUUUUUAGUCUUCAUUUGAACCACAGCAAAGGCUGCCUGCCUGCAGAUCUUCUUUACACAGCUUUUCAGGAGGCAGUGGGAUGCAGAUUCCCUCAGGACUUCAGCUUCCCUGCAGGAACUGAUGGAGGAGGAGAUGGGUGCAGGAGCCAAGCCCAGCUCGUGGGGCAGUUUCUCAGGUGAGCACAGACCCCGAGUUCUGACCCAUUUCCUAGUGUUUCCCUAGUGCUGGGGCCAGAACCUACACUUCCAGCAGUCAGUUGGCUACCCGUGGUUUAUUUGUGUAUCUUUUAGUUACCUUUUGCUGUUGUUUUAUAGCAUUUUUUUUGUAUUCUACUCAUGUUUUACCCUGCAAUUUAACCUCUUCUAUUUUUAAUGCGUAUUUGUUUACAAGACACAUCUCAAUGCUGUAUCAAGAGGCUUUCUUGGUAUUGUUGCCUAUGGAAAUAUACUACAUCCGUAGUUAAGGAACAUUGUCCAAGUUGACAGGUAUUUUAAAACUUGAUGUUGAGUUUUUGGGUGUCCAUAACAAUUUUGUUCUGUUUUGUUCCCCUCUGUAAGGAAUGUUACAUACCUGCUGGCCUCUGGGGUCCUGGGUAUGGGGACAAAAUUAUUAUUUUAUCUUAAUAAUCAGGGAGUGUGGUAUUGCAAAGAGUCCCACAGGACCUUAUGCUCAGCAGAGAAGUUGAAAAUCCAUUAGAAGUGCAGUCGUGUUGCAUAGGAGCUAUUUGGGGUAUUUAAUGAGGUACAGGAUGUCUUGCCAAAACAGGAGUUUUUAGGGUUUGAUUAGGGUUUAAUUAAACAGCAAUUGGCUGCUGUUGAGCCUGAACAGUAUUAGCAGAUCUCCUUGAUGUGGAGACCUUUGGCUGUUGCCAUCAAGUUGAGUGGUGGUUUAUGUAUGUGGCAUCACCAAGUUGAUUUGCUGCAACCAGAGGCUGUCAGAUGAAAAAAUAAAACUCAGUUUUACAGAGUUCCAAAGGGUUUGUCUUGAAUCCACAGUUGUGGAUCCACUUUGUGCAAGUAGCCACAACCAUGUAGGAGCCCUUUGAGGAAGCUGAUUCUAAAAAGGGAAGAAUUUAUUGAGAAUAGAACUAAAUCUCCUCUCCUUAGCCUGCUUUUGGUCAGAGGGAUUUGGCAUCAGCUCUGCUGUCUGGGUCAGCAUCAGCAGAACUUCAGUUGACAUUUCCUCUUGGUGCAGAAAGAUUGAGCUUUGGUUUUAGGUGUGCAGUGGAUCUUGAAUCAGAGGAAUGUUGAUUUUGCCUUGGUACAAAGAGCAAACAAAACCAAGGG